AUUAUUCUUUUAGGAAGUCAGAUUCAUCAUCACAAGAAUAUUACACGGAAAAUAUCUGAAAAUCCUUAUUAUUAGCAAAUCACAAUGAAAACAUGAAUGUUCAUUUAAUUAUUGUAUUAUUGUCCUACUUAUCCUUCAUACCAUUGGCUGUUCCAAGUUCUUUUGAUGAUGUGACAUCAGAAACUCUUGGUGCUUCUGCCAAGGGCUUGAUAGCAGCCUUUGGGGAUUAUAAUGCUAACAAAAACACUGACCUGUUUGUUAUUGGAGAUGCAGGCACUAGUGUUAAAAUUUACCUGGCCACUAAAGAAGUGACAUCUGAUGAAAGUAAAUACCAGGAGGUCGUACUUAUACCUGGAAAUACUGCUAAUGGCACUGUCAUCACAAGUGUGGUUCCUGCCGACUUUGAUGGGGACAAUCAGAUGGAUAUCCUUGUUACUAGGCAACUAAAAGAUGUAACAGGGGUCAGAGUUCAGAUUUAUUGGGGACAUCGUCAGCAAACUAAAUUAGAAGCAACGCCUUUAGAAAUACAAGGAGGAUUAAAAGAUCAACCAUUAGUAUUAGAUGCAAAUGGUGACAUGAUUCCAGAUUUACUAGGUGAAAGUUUGGAUGGUAAAAGACAAUUUUAUAUAUUUCAAAAUGGACAAAGAAACUACACUACACAGCUUCUGAAUGACACUGCUGACCCAUUAAGAUAUCCACAGAGUAGUGCAUUUCUUGAUCUCAAUGGAGAUCUAACUGCAGAUUUGUGUAUUGUAUCAGAAAAGGACAAGAAACCACAACUGGAGUAUUGGUAUAAUCAGGAUGGUGUUUUAACAUUUGAAAAAUCAAUACCUUAUCCCACAGAUGCUGUAUUGUUUGGUCAGAUUACAUUCCUAGAUAUUGGAGCCAACAGAGCUGAAGGAAACCAUGUCUACGGUAUUUUACCAGCUUGUUCAGAUACCAAAUGUUCCAAAAGUGUGUUGUAUGUAUCAACAGACUCACAAGAUCAGUGGAGUAAAUUGGACUUGAAUAUAAAAACAGACAAAAUGAACUGGAACUUUGUGCCCCCAGACCAAAAUCCUGGAGGAAUGGACAAAAUUCCUAUCACUGUACGCGUGGGAGACUAUAACCUAGACGGAUAUCCUGAUCUAUUAGCUGUUUUACGUAACACUUCACAGGAAGGGUUUCAACAGAAAGCCUUUAUCUUGGAGAACAGAGCUUGCUCUAAGUGUGCCACAAACAGACAUUUUGGUAUAGGAUAUGAAGUACCAAUGCAUUCAGAUAAAGAAAAGGCUUUAUUACCAGCUUUUUAUGAUUUCCAGGACAAUGGAAUCCUAGAUCUGAUUGUAACAACUUAUGGAGAAGACAAUAGUCCACAUAUACAUUUGUUAAAACACACUUUUACUGACGAUGCAUUCUUCCUUAAGGUGAAAGUUGUAAGUGGACUGUGCAGCACAAAUUGUCUGAAUGGAAGAGAGCCUUAUGGUAUAAACCAGCCUGGUCCUGUUGUUAAGUAUACAACUGAGGAUAAUGAAGGAAGGAUACAGAUUGGUAUAGCUUCCCAGUUAACACAGUCAGCUCACUUCAGUUUACAGUUACCAUUUACAGUAUUCGGACUGGGACAGACACCAAACUUUGUAGACACAUUAGAAGUGUCCAUUCCAUAUCCUAGUGGAAAGCCAGCUAGAAAAAAAUCUUGGACAGCAGUUAUACCAAAUUCACAACUAAUAAUUAUACCUUACCCUAAUGAUGACCCAUCUAGUUGGAUAAACAAAUUAUUUAUAACUCCAAGUAGACUGGUACUGCUGACUGGUGCUGCUUUAUUAGGUACAUGUGGCUUCCUCGCUGGUAUUGUAGGGAUCCUUCAUUGGAGAGAAAAGAUUGAAGAUAAAAAGGAGAAACUGAUAGACUCGCACAAAUUUCACUUUGAUGCAAUGUGAUGAUAAGACAUUGUAGGACUUAACAAAUUUCUGUGCAAUUCAAUUUUUUGAUUGAGAGAAUGUUUUGAAUGAAGUAUGAUUAUGUGGAUGUGUAAAUGUAAAAAAAGUUUACUCAGUAUCACUGUAGAAAUCUUUUGAAAUCCCUAAAUAAAACUGCUAAACAUUCCUUGUUUGUGAGAGACCAAAUCUAAAUAUAUGUUUCCACUCCAGGAUAAGAAGGGAUAUAGAUCUUAAUGAAAAAUAUAGAAAAACCAGAUGCUUACAUGACUUUCAGAAAGUAUAAAGUAUUCAAUACAACAUUAAUGGUCUUUUUUUUUGACAGACAACAUACCCUAUCAAGCAAAAAAUGUAAUAGUUUAAUUUCCUGCCAUCUAAUUGAAUUUGCUUGAUUUAUAAAGGAGUUAGUGCAUUCUGAACUCCAACAAGUAGUAAAGUGAAAUAACUCCUAAAUUACAUAAAUUGAUGACGAUCUAUACUUAUUAAGAGAGCUUCCAGCAACACUGUUACAGCUUUAAAUGAAACUUUUGAAAAGAAACUAUUGAACUAAAUGAUUGACAUGUAUGGAAAUGCUGCCCUUUGUGAUCGAGUUUGAGUGACAUUCUCACAGUAUUGACAGUGCUUUGAUUACAAUUCAGAGAUAGUAUGAUGGUUGUGAAACUUGUGAUCAUUUGUAUUUCUAUUUUUCUAUGUAUCUGACAUGUAUGUGUCUCUAUUUAUUUGAAUUUUGUUUGUUCAGUGAUAUUUUUGUUUUUAAAUGUGAUAAAGUUUUGCUUUCUUGUGGUAUCACGUUUUAUGAUUUCACAAUUGAUAUAAUAAAUAAUAGUUUUACCUGAACACACAGGUAUCAGCUUAAUAAAAAAAGAAAUAAUGACCUUUCUAACACCUAAAUGUGUGUAGUGUUUAGUAAAUCUUGGGAAAAAAAUAUGUUUCAACACCUGUAGACAUUUACAUGGUCUGCUAUACCUUCAUAUGAUACAAUCUUAACUAUUCCUAUUGUGCCUGAGUAAGAUCUGAUGCUAUUUUAUUUCUUCAUGUGUUUUUUUUAUUAUUUUUGUCCUUUAUUCCAUGUUUUUUACAAUUACUUGUAUCAGAUUUGUGUUAUAUAGCAUGUUUUGUAAAAAAUAAAUUCAGUUUCAAUUAUUCAUUAGAUAACUGAAUCAUUUAUUAUAAUUUAACAUUUUCUAUCCUUACUUUUCAUACUUUCCUUUCAUGUUUAUUUCUACAUAACAAACAUUAUUUUGCCCCAAAAAUAAAAAUGAAAUCGUGUCAUUUUCUCAAAUUUUUAAGCUAUUUUGAAACAAGGUACAUGGUAAUAGCUGUAAUGAGCAUCAGGAGACAUAUUCUUUUGUCAAAUAUGAAGAUAUGAUAUAAAACUUUAUUAUGUAAAAUAAAAAAAGGGAUACAA